GCGACUGCCAGUCAGCGGAGCUGGGGUUCAGGCUCUGCUGGAGGAGCAGAUUAUGAAGCGGUGCUCAACCAGCGGCAGUCUCCUCUCGUUGUCUCCAUGGCUGCACACGCAUUCCUCCUCUGCUCCCUCGCCUUGCUGUCCACUCUCAGCCAGAUCGGACUGUCUAUGUCCGAUGAAGAAUUUCAGCCUGGGCUUAUCUAUGACGGAGUGCCUGAGAUCCUGGACAGAAGCAAAGAAACUCCCCAUCAAGCAACAAGAGUCACAUCACGGCAAGAUGGCGAGUACGGUUUGAUAAGCGAGGAGGUUAUCUUGACGCCUGAAGAUGAAAACCCACUUAGGAGAAUACUGCAGCCUUUCAAAUGGUAUCAUCCUGGGAUGGCUCUCAGCAAAAGGAAGCUGCUCCAGUCUUUGAUGGGGCCUUAUGGCCCUCUCAGUGUAUCUUACAACGGGAAGACUUGCAUUCUGUUCAAGGCAAAGCGCCUUGCUAUCCGUUACAGAAACCAUACAUUUAUUGAUCUGACUGAGAGGGUCUUUAACCCCAACUCACCUGUGGACACCAAAGGUUCAAUCUGCACCAAGGAGAAAGCUACGCUUUCAUUAAAGUUUGGGGAUGUGGAAGACUUGCGUGGGCUAGUAAUCAGGCUUCAGAUGUCUAACACUUUUUAUGAGGCAGCGGGUCAAAACUGGUUCACACUAGACAGCGUUCACAUCCACUACAACUGGACUCAAGAGGCUAUUUUCAACGCCAGCAAGGUCUACGCUCCUGCCACCUCAUCCUACCAUUGCCAGCACGUCAGCAGCCUGCACAAAUAUGACACCCUGCUCGUGCCCAGCUCCCACACUGACACAUCCGCUAACUGGCACAUCACGUUCACUGAUUUCCAGAUCCAGGCCUUCAAUGUGCAGUCAGACAAGUUUGCAUCGCCCAGUGACUGUGCCACAUUCCUGACACCAGCCAUCCUGAUGGGCCUGGUCACAUCUUUAAUUUUGCUCCUGGUUUUAGCCUAUGCCCUCCACAUGGUGGUGCACCUUAAGCACAUCGACCGCUACGAGGAACACAAAGCCACCGUCUACUUUCCCCGCAGUCCAGAGGCAGAGUUGCCGGACAAAAACAGCCUGUAACGGAGGAGGAGUCCGAGGACAAUGGGGAGAGAUGAAAGCUGAGAAGCAUGGCUACGGGGGGAGGGGGGAGCAAGUGACCGCAAGAGUGAGAAAGUAUCUUCCACUGAAUCUUCGUUCUACAAAAUGACAACUUUGCCUGUUCAUGUGAAAACCUAAGUCUUAACUACUUCAAGUAAAUGCAGAGCCGUGGCUGGAUACUUUUUCUUCUUUUUCCCUUGACAUGCAUCUUCAUUGGAUGUCCACGCCUCUCCCGCUGCAGGCUAACUGACCUUUCCUCAAAGGUCAGUGACAGCCUUGGGGCCCUGAAGUGUAUAGAUGUCUUUAUCCCUGCCAGCCAUUAAAAAAAUAAAAUAAAAAAAGAGGCCUGCAGCUGUAGCUAAUAUGGCUAACUCAGACGCUCCAGCUUGUGUAUGUAUCACAUGACUCGCAAGUGUCCCAUUACAAGCACCCAUCGUCAACAUCAUCUCUCCAGCUUUCAAUACAGUCCCCUUUGUGCAAUACUGCUGCAAGAAACUGAAACUUCAAACUCACUGUUUUUUAGCUGAGAUAGCUUUAUUAGCUGCAUGCCCUGAUAAGCUGGCCUACAAGGGCUAGCACGGUGUUUCCAAAUAUGAUCAGAAGGGGUUUUGCUUGGGUUUUAGCAAUCAGACAUGGCACAAAGUAAAGAAAGCUGGAGGCCUCUGGGAGUAAGAAAAAGAAAAACAAGAAAAAUAUGUGGAACCGCUGGUCUAGCAUUUGGCUGGAGUGAAUGGAUUAACCUUUCUGGCCCUGUGCUGGCUCUCACCCCACCCCUGAACAAGACUGCUGCUUGCAACUUUACUGUGAAAUUGCCUUUUAGAGAGUAGCCAGACAAAAGGGAGGGGUUUUACAAACUAGCACAACAUUUGUUAGCUGCAGAAGCACUAACAACAGACUCUAAGAGACUACACAAGGAACUAUGCUGCACAAGACGGCCCGUCUGAGGACGCGGCAGGAAUGCGGGUUCCGGGAUGCAACGACUCAUCUGAGACACUUGCUUGAACAAGGGGGGCAGUGGGGUCCUCCACAUACAACACUGGAACUGACUGCCAAAGUGAAGCUACAAAGAAGUUGCCAUAAAAUAUGGUGAGAGACUGAGAGAAAUGUGAAAAAAAGAAAGAUAAUUGUAACAGCUAUGUACAAAAGAACAACAAAAAAUGUCCAUGUACAGAUGUGUCAUUCAUAAAAAGGUCUUUUUUUAUAUUCAGUAUAAUCAUGAAAUUAGAUACAGGUUGACUAUAAUAACUCUCAUAAACACAUGGAUAUACAACGCUAUAUUUGCAUAGAAAUCUCUGUAGGAUCAUAGCUGUUUACUAUUUCCAAACAACAGCACAACUAAUCAACAAGAAGACUGUUUAACAUGUCAAUGCAUAGAGCUUUUUUUUCUUUCUUUCUUUAUUUUUUUAAUUUUUUUUUUAAUAAAUGGUCAACAUGUUACACUGUUUAUUAUUAAAUUCUUAAAAGCUGGAUCAAAAAAGUCCCGUUUCAUUAAACUGUAAAUUACAGUGCUAAAUCCUACCAUGGGGGGACGAUAAUACGGAAUGUUCAAUCAUUGGGGCUUUUAGACGCCAUUAUUUUUGCCAGAUGCCACACUAGCAGCAGCAACAGCAUCAGUGAGUGAAUACUACUGAUAAAAACAAUCAGCAUGACAGUAAAUAAAUAUCUUAACAUUCGAUAUGGCAGUUCUGUCAGUCUGUAGCAGUGUGAAAUGUGUUUUUUGGUCAUAAAUGUAUCCUAAAAACUAUGAAUUGGUUGGAGGCAGUUUUGUCUAAUGAGCAGCGGAUGUAGAAUGAACAAUAAAUGAUAUUCUGAUGAAAAGUU